AUGAUAACAGGAAUUAGCAAACUGUUUAGCACUGUCAAGAGAGGAACACAGAAGCCAUUAAUGCUUGCUGGUAAGUUCUAUAAGGACAGUGAUCCAGAAAUUGCUGCGGAACGUGAUAUUGCUAAAAUGAUUUGGUAUGAAUAUAAUAAUACUCAAGCACAUGAAACAGAAAAACGUAAAAGUUUGUUGAAAAUGCUCUUUAAAGAUGAUGUUGAUGUAACAAUUAAUCCACCUUUCCGUUGUGAUUAUGGAAUUAAUAUUAAAUUAGGCAAAGGAUGUUAUUUCAACUAUGGAUGCACAAUUCUUGAUGUUAACAAAGUCGAAUUCGGUGAUGGAGUUUUAGUUGCUCCAAAUGUUUCAAUUUAUAGUGCAACUCACCCACUCGAUCCAAAGCUAAGAAAGGAAGGAAAAGAAUAUGGUCUUCCUAUUAAGAUCGGAAACAAUGUUUGGAUUGGCGGUAGUGCUGUUAUUGGCCCAGGUGUCACAAUUGGCGACAAUUCAGUUAUUGGUGCAGGCGCUGUUGUUGUAAAAGACAUCCCAGCAAACUCUGUCGCAGUUGGAAAUCCAGCCCGUGUUAUCAAGAAAAUAGAUGUUUCAAAUGAAUAA